GUCGUUCAUUUCACGUUCUGGACCUGGAUCGGUGAUCCGCGCGCGCUCUCGGCUUUUCGCGGAAACGCUCUUGCAUUUGAGAAUCCUGAAAACGCGUGCUCGGCCGCUCUCUGUUACCCGCGUCAACUUAAAUACCGCGCGUCCGAUGAAAGUGGCUCAAUGUCGCGGUGAAAUAAGAACCCAGGGAAAUAAGGACCGAGAAGUGACGAACUCUUCGCUUUUUCUGCUGUCUUCUGUCUUUUGUUGCUGCCGUGAAGAAAAGUCGAAGAAGAACGAGGCGGCCAGUCGAAGAUCCAGAGGAUCAAAAUGUCGGAGGCGGAAGGUGAGGUCUUCUUUACGAGCUGGCGUCACGAUCUUCUUUGAAUAUCUUUGGCCUACGAUUAUUACGAAUGUUCAAACCGUCGUGGAGAACCAUGAUUUCCAGAGUAUCGUCGAGGGCGGAAGCGGAAGAUCGAGCAUCGUGGAAUAUUUAGACACCUACGAUGUCCCAAAGAAAAUCGUGAGAGAAUAUUCGGAAGAGACGAAGGAGGAAUCGUUCAGAGAGGAAAAGGAGAAGGAGACGUACGCGGAGGACGAGAGGAAAUCGAUCGAAACAGAGAAGAAAGAGGCCGUACAAAUAGCGAGUUCGAGCACCGUGGACAACGGCAACGAGAAAAUCAAGCACGAAGAACCGUCGACGAAAAACCAAGCAACGACAACAGGUACCAACGAGAGCGCGCCAGUCGGCGAGUGGAAUUCAUUGCCGCAGCUGGUCGACUGUCUACGCGCGGCUCUCGAACGUUCGCUAGGAGAAGGUCGCCGCGAGGACGAGCCGCCGACACUCCCGGAGGACUCUGGCGUCGACUCCGAGGAGGACUUCCGUAUUCGUACAUCGAUGGAACAGGCCCUUGGCAGCUGCAAGGAGCCAGAGUUGAAAAAGGACCUCAAGUUCCUCGAAGACUUGCUGUUGUCCGACAUACAGACUGCUCUGUCGCGUCUCCGAGAGACGUUGGAGAAGAUCGACGUGAACGUAUUGGCGAGACACGGUGCAGCUUCCGAUCCUACGAGCAAAUUGCAGCUACUAAGACUGGUGUCCAGUUUACUGUCCAGGCUACAGAUGCCCGAAGAGGCCAAGGUUCCAGUGCUACCGUCGACGUCCCUCAGCAGAAGACGAAGAUUAACCAGGCACACCAUUGACGUUUCCGCGGAGGAAUUGGCGAAAGCUAGAAAGUGGCUGGAAGAAGAGAGGAACAGCUUGCCUUUGAAGCAGGUUCCGACUGUCGCGAAGGAGCAGGCUGUGUCUGCGGUUGGUGCAGCUGAGAGGAAGCCCGAGGAAAUCCGCGACAAGUGCACGAAAGACGCGAUAAAUCAGAGACAGUUGUUGGAGGAUAAGAAUAAGGAGAUUCGGGAGAGUAAUUGUUCGUUUCGUGGGAUUCAACAGGUGGAUGCAGGCGAUGCCAAGGCUGUCGGAGAGUUGAAUAUGUACCAGGCUCAGUACAGAGCUAACAGUUACCAGGAGAAAGAAAAUAACGAGGGUAUCGUCGAAGACAGCGAGGAGAGGAGUCGUGUGAGCAAAUUGGCGGCUAUCCUUCGACAGCGAGCUGAGCUGGCUUCCGGUGAGAAAUACGGGCACAGUAAUAAAUUUGUCGCGAAGAAAUCGAAGAUAAAGCGAGCGAACACCAUCGAUAUUCCCAGUUACCUGAAGCUUCAAGCUGAGACUCUCGGACGCGAAGGUGCAGGCUGCGUGUCCCUGAGGAAACCGAUCAACGUUGGAGACAAGUCGUUCAACUGUGCCAACGUCACAGUGCCCACGUUUCAACCUAAAACGGAGAACGAUCGAAAAUUCUUGGCAUUGAUCAACAAAAACAACGAAACGCCGUCGGUCGGGCCGGUGGUACCUUUCAAGACUUUCGGACGCACCAUGGACAUGUCCUCGUUAACCAACGAAAAUUGGAACAGUAAAUUUUCCAACAUCAAAACGACGUUCGACAAACCGGCGACGAGCGAGGAAAAGGAUAAUAGGCCUUCUUUAAAGUCUCGGGCCAAUAAAAUGUUCCCAGCCCAAGGUUACUCCAAUUCUACUCCAAACUAUUCCAAUUAUUCCGCGCCAAAUCCCCAAACGAAGAUGGAGUCGACGACAGGUUUCAGACACGCUCCUUCGUCCCCUUUCCGUAAAAUAGAGAAGUCUUCUCCAGGAUCGCCGUCCAAGGUUCCACCGUCUUAUCACUGGCCGAAGAAUGCCCCGGUGCCAACGAACACGUUGAAAGAGAAGGCUAGAAUGAUGUUCGACAAGGAAACGACGCAACAGCCGGCGAAAUCUUUCAGAGCCAACUACGAGAAGCCUGGUUUCCCCCGGCCGCCGUGGAUAGAACACGAGAACAGAGCCAACAACACGGUCACGGAGAACGGUAAAAUAGACUAUAAAUCGUUUUGUAAGCAGUUCGCUCCUUUUGUUGGGAAAGCUUCUUCCAUAGAGUCGAGGAAAUUGGACGAGCAACGUCAACGAGAGCUGGCUCAACGAGACAGAGUUGCUGGAGUGGUGGAUGGUAAGAUAUCCUUCAAACUGGUUCCAGACAAACGUGUUGCUCAGACUCAACAGUAUCCUCCUGUGGAGCGUCGAGAGUCGAAGGAGAAGUUUGAAAUGAUGAAAGGACGAGAAUAUGGCGAGAAUAAUUUCGCUGACACCACGUUGAGAGGUAGCUCUUCCGUGGCUGUGCAAACUGGAAUUAACGAGAAGCAUCAGGACGAGGGGAGGUCCUUCAGAGUAGCGCCUAGAAUCGCUAAGGGUUCGAACUUGGUUUGCAGUAACGCUGCUGUGCAAACGUCCAAUGAAUUGGACAGACCAACGAUAUCGGUGAAUGACGUGGAAAGUGGAAAACAGUGGAAACCUUUGUAUCGUGAACAGUCGGACUCUGAUCAAACAACAUCCGAGGAUCGUCAAAGGUUCGUUCUGGAUCAUAAUCAAAAUUAUCACACUCUGUCCACUGAUUCUGAGUUCAAUAAUCCUGUAGUAGUUACCGACUAUCCUGUGGUAGAUCAGGCCGCGAACGGUGAACAAGAUUUCAGAGAGACUGUGCCUUUUCAGGGAACGCAGAAUUAUCAGGAACAAUUGUCUGAAAAAGUUCCUGCGAAGAGCCACGAGCUUGAAACUAACCAAGAAUACUCUUCUCCUUUCGUUUCCCCUGUUUUGUCCAAUUGCAAUCAGGCGUGCGACGAGGUGUCAGACACGCAGGAACAAAGAGAAGAUCUUCAGAAAACACCAGACUGGUCCAUAGAAAGCUCAACUUUCCCAGACGAUCAGAAUAUUCAAAAUCAGGAUAUCAGUCCAGAGAUUGGAAUAGUUACGAGGUAUACGUGUGCCAUAGCAACAGUCGCAUCGUCGACAGACAGUCCCGAGCCUCGAUCAGAGGAAGUGGCAAUGGAUUCGAGGACAUCAUCGUCCCCUUCGCCUUCGCAGUUUUCUUGGUCCAGGUCUAGACCACCUACCAACGAGACCAUUGCUUCGGAGGAUGAAAUUCGUCGGCAUAAUUUGUUGCAACAGAGUCUGGUUCGACGUCUACAAAAUGAGAUUACUUCCUUGAACGAUCCACCGCAUCAGCCCUCUAAUUUCGGGCCGCACCUGACCGUUAGUCAAGCUCAAUCUAAGUCAUCGAGUCAAUCUCCUAGCUCGUUUCACCAGCAACAGAGUUACGGUCAAUCAAACACUGAAUUAAGUCAUCAGCAACAGAGUUACAACCAACCAAAUAUUCUACCGAGUUAUAAUCAAUCAGAUACUGUGUCAGGUCAUCAGCAACAAAGUUACAAUCAAUCAAAUAUCGUAUCAAGUCAUCAACAACAGAGUUAUAAUCAAGCAAGUGUUAUUUCAGGUCAUCGACAACAGACGAACAAACCGUUAGGUCAUCAGCAACCUAUAAAUCCAACUCAAAAUGUUCACCACUCAAAACCAAUUUUCAAUCAAACUAUCCAUCAGCAACAAAGUUACAGUCGACCAGCAAAUUUCGACCGACCCCCGGGUCCAAGUCGGUUCGCCAAAUACCUAGCACCGGUUCCUCAAAAAAAGGUAGAACCAUCUCGAGCACAUUCACCAGGUCCAACGGCCGUGAACCGAGUAGUUGCGUUAAGAGAAGCCUACGAACAAGCACCAAACUCUCAAACGAAACCAAUUCACAAGGAACGUUCGCCAAUUCCAAACGGAACGGCGACUAUCGACUCCAGCGACGAGUACUUGGUCUCCUGCGCGAAUAAACACUCGAGAUCCAUAGUGCUCUCGAAAUCAGAAUCCUGGCAUCAGUUGGCUCUCUCCAAUCGUUAUCCCAGGCCAUCGAAAAUUAACACACCGGCGUCAGCGUCUUCGUUCAGCCAAAAUUUAGCAUCCUCUCAUCCUAAACCACCUAAACCAAGGUCCCCGUCUUCGCAGAAAUUAAGGUCCAAACAGUUUGAAGCGUCAUCGAUGGCAGACAGCGUGAAGAAAAUGGAGGACAAGAUUAGACAGUAUUUCGAUCAACCUGGCGAGCACGUAGAAACGAAAGAUCCGUUGAGACAUAGGAGAUCCCCAAGAUUUGCGCCUAAAGGAAUGGUUGGACUGUCUCGUAGUCGCACUAUGCCUGGCCUAACCGAUGAGAAAUUAACUCUCUUGAUACCUGCCCCUCAACAAGUGCCAUUGUUAAACGUGAACACCGCGGAUGUCGAUAAGGUGUUCGACGACUUGUUUGAGGAAGCCACGAGGACGGACAAACAGUAAUAAAAGUGGUUUGAGCCUCUUCGUUUGCUCGACGUGAUGUAUACUCGAGGAAUGUAUCGCUCGAUGAGACUAGAAGAUUUGCUUUCAUUUCAACGAUUCACGGACAACCGACGAUGAGAAAAUUCUGGAUUUGUGAUCGUUGACAAUUGUACGCGUCCUCCAGUUUUAGGAGAGGAUAAUCUAGUAUCGUGUUCACCUUGAACAAUCAAUAGCUCGAUUUACUCGCGACGUGUCUUUUAUAUAAAUCAACGAAUAC